AUGACCAUCCAAGAAACCACUUCCAGUGUCCCAAGUAAAUGUGGCUCCUCAGCCCUCCAAAUGGGACCUCACAAAAACUCCUCAUCCGAUCCACUAGUGUCCCACGGACAUCAUUUUGGUCAAACAGUAUUCGCCCUGUGUAACUACCCCGCGUUGCUCACCAAUGGAAUUUUGAGACUUGAACAAAUCAAAGAUAUUCCGUUGGAAGAUUUUCCUGCUGAAGAGCGUAAGGGAGCCGCAGGCACCAGAGGCAAUGAUGCCAAAAUGUUGAAGUCUGUGAUACUUGACUGGAUUUCCUCCAAAGGGGAAGGCAUACGGCCUCCUUUACAUAGAAAUUCUAAGAUUGACCGCAGUUUUAACCACGACCUUACAAGAUCUCUUCUUUGUCCCGCUGGGUUGGACUGGAAUGACCCUCAAACCAAAGAGAACCUCCAAAGCGGCGAGAUGAUGGUCUGUGAGGAUCAAUGGCCCGUUUCUUUGUAUGCCCACCAUAUUUAUGACCCUGAAGACCCAUGGUGCAGGCUUCUUAGGAGCCACUUGCUAGCCUACAAGCACGUGUUCACAUCUCCAAGUUCGGUUGACAGGGAGCCAAAGGCCACACAAUCUGGAAACGCAUGCCUCUACGGCAUGAAUUCUGUCACAAUUGCCUCCCUAGCAUAUAUUGCAAUACAGGUACAAUUUGCCCUGAGCUUGUCCUUGGUGUUCUCUCGUACAGACACAACUACAGACUUGGAAACAUUCUAUCAUAGCCUCCUCGACCUCUUAGAAGACCCUGAAGAAUACAAGGAAAUUGACGAGCUGCUAAUCUGGUGGAAUCAGUAUUUUUUUCGCUCUUCACCAUCCAAGUUUUCCCCACUUCUUCUGCAGCCAAGAGACCCAUCAGUGCCAACAGCGCCUUAUUCAAGAUUCGACAAAAAUGUUUGGCCCUCAAACAAGCUUCAAAUCUAA